AACUAAUCAGGUCAAACUAAUUACACCUGUUUUUCUUCAUUUACUGCACUUCGUGAUAGGGGCGGCGGUCAUUUUCAGUUCCCUUGUUUUCUGUGCAGUUUCCUUAGUUUAAACACCUCAUGUUUGACAUGAUAUAGACAGGUCCAAGCCUUAUACGUGCCUCUGACAUUUCUGUGGCUUUACAAUCGGAAGGACAUCAUGAGAACUGUAGCUCAACAGAUGUUUCAGACCGGCAGCAAACUUUUCUCGAGAAAAACCCCAAAUGAUGUUAUAGAAGCCCAUCCAUCCAACAUUGAGACAGCAGAACACAUGGACAACAUCCAACACUUGCCCAGUUCUUCUUCCACUCCCUCUGCGGAGGAUGUUAGAGAGGGAGCCCACCAUAUGGAGGUGGUGAUGGAGAGGGCCCACCAUGGUGGUGGAUGGCUCCUGUCUGGCAUCAUCUGCAUCAACAUCCUGAUCCUGGGCGCCGCUCUGGUCAGCGGCAGCGCCUUCAACAGCGUGGCCAUUACUGUCGUGCACAGGCAAAUCUUCCUCAUCAUCCUCCUCCUCCUCACAAUGCUGUGGAUGCUGUUUUACACAGCCUGCACCUCUCGAAAGGAUCAGGCAAUUUUGUUCAAAGAUAGCCAUGCAGGGCCUGUGUGGCUCCGGGCUGGACUCCUGCUUUUCGGGCUUCUCAGUCUCCUCAUGGAUAUCUUCAAGAUUGCCACCUAUGUGGGCUACCUUCACUGUGAUUCUGCUGUUAAAGUUGCCUUUCCUGUCGUGCAAGCUGUAUUUCUGUUUGUCCAGACAUACUUCCUGUGGGUUCAUGCCAAGGACUGUGUGCAGCUACACACAAAUUUUACACGGUGCGGACUUACUCUUACGCUUUCAACUAAUCUGGUUCUGUGGAUGGCAGCCGUGACUGAGGAAUCCAUUCACCUGACUGAGAUUCCUGAUCAAUAUGUCAAUAUCUCACACAAGAUGUACAGAGCCAGCUACGGUGGUGUGAAGUGCAAAUGCAGUCACUCGGCAUGCGACACCUUCAAAGGAGCCUUCUACUACCUGUACCCCUUCAACAUAGAAUACAGCCUCUUUGCGUCAGCGAUGGCCUACGUCAUGUGGAAAAAUGUUGGUCGCCUCGUGGAGGACCACAGCCACCACAGCGUUAAGUUUCGUCCAAAGGAAGUGUGUGUUGGUCCUGUAACAGGAAUACUUUUGGUGCUGACGGGACUUGUAACAUUCAUAUUGUACAAGGUAGAUAUUCUAACAGAGGAUGAGAAGAGGAAAGACAUAGCCCUGCUGGUUCAUUUCAUUAUGAAUAUAGUGAUAGUGAGCAUGAUGAGCCUCUCCACUGUGAUCGGUUGCAUCGUCUACAGGCUGGACCACAGGGAGCACGUGUCGGAGAAAAACCCCACCCGCAGCCUGGAUGUGGGGCUGCUGGUGGGAGCCUCGCUGGGGCAGUUCAUCAUCAGCUAUUUCAGCAUCGUGGCCACGGUGGCGACGGGAGCCAGAGGGUACCUGAACGCCCUCAACCUGUCCUGGGCAGUGCUGACGGUGCUCCAGCUCGGUCUGCAGAACUACUUCAUCAUCGAAGGCCUCCAUCGGGAGCCUUUCCACGUGAUGCAGGAAGCGGCUCUGCACACGAACGCUCACAUCCUCCAGGAACACCAAGAGAUGGAAAUGGUUGUGGAGAGCAAUAAGUCCAGCUACAUCCUGACAUCAAGCCUUGAUAAGGCAAGUUGGAAGAGAAGAGCACUGAAGGAAGUCUGUGCCUUUCUGCUGCUGGCUAACAUCAUUCUUUGGAUCAUGCCUGCCUUCGGUGCUCGCCCCCAGUUCGAGCAUACUACUGAGAUAAAAUUCUACAAGUUCACAAUGUGGGCGGCGAUUGUAAAUAUCGGACUUCCUUUUGGAAUCUUCUACCGAAUGCACUCUGUCGCUAGUCUGUUUGAGGUCUACUUAAUCUCUUAGAUGGAAUUAUUUUAGAGCAUAGAAAGAAAUUUUAUCUUAUUUUAACUUGUCUAAUAAAUUUUAAACUAAAAGAAAA